CUUGUUCUCUACGGGCAGCAGAGGCAGAGCACAGCCGGCCGCGCGAGGCAGCAGAAUAAUCGUAUCCUACCGGCUGAGGCUCCUGAGCAUGACGACGGCGUGGUGGUGGUUCGUCGCGAUGAACGCGGUCAUCGUGGCUAUCGCCGUGCUGUCCUCCUCCAGUGGACGGCCGUCUCUUGUACCGACGCCACGACGCCACCGCUCCUCCGGGAUCACGCGCAGGGCCUCCUCGGCGUCGGCGGUGCUGCAGAGCCUCCUCUCUUUCUCCCUCUUCUCCUUCCCGUCGGCUUGCCUGUCGUCGUCGUCGUACCACCUCCAGCCGGACGCCCCCGCCGCCGCUGCGACCACCGACCAAGAAACGACAGAAACAGAGGAGGAGCUGGUGGAGCGGUCAUCACCACCCAUCAAGCCGUCACCGCCACCGCCACCGUCACCGCGCGCGCUCCAGCUCACACCGCCGCCGCCGCCCGCGCCGGCCGGCUACAGAUGAGGCAGCUGACGAGUGACGAGGAGGAAGAGGAGGAGGAGGACCCGAACGCGAUGAGCAUGGACGAGGCUUACGCGCUGGUCCUGGCGUCGCAGGAGCGGCCGGAGCGGGAGAAGGAAGAGGAGGCCAGGAGGUCGGAGGUGGAUGCCAAAGCCGAGGAGUUCAUCCGCUGCUUCAAGGAGGACCUGCGGCACCAGCAGCGGCUCAACUCCAUCGCCAACUACACGCAGAUGCUCAGACGGCGUGCGCCCGCCUGCGGCCGCCGGCGACCAUGCAUAUGCCCCCAAGAUCGCUGAUUAGCUUUGACUCAUGUUUCAAUUUCAACUCGUUUAUUAGGUGUGUUGGUCAGCUUUUUUAGUCGGGCCAAUAAUUAUGUUUUGAUUUUGGUGUUUUGU